CAACAAGGAGUAAGAAGUUGUGAGAAGAGAAAAUAGUAAUCAACUAGAAUAACUGAAGAAAAUCACAAGAAUUCCAUACAAAAAGCCUAAAGAUGAGUGCUUAUGACAGGAAAAUUCGUUCUCCGGUGGCUGCUUCUAAAGACAAUCCAGCUACGGAUCCAAGACAAAUGCGAAGGAUAAUAGCAGAGGAUCCUGACUGGAGCCUUGCUACUGUCCCAUUACUUACAGAACUCUGUAUAAAACAUAUUGUUCAAAAUUUUGAAGAUCAUCCUAUUCUUGAUGGCCUUCUUCCAAAACACAAAAGUAAAGUAUUAGAAGCAUUAUCUACAGGAAUAUCUAUGAAAGUCACCUCCAGCUUAGUAUCUGAUGAAGGUUAUUGGAAAAAGUGUUGUAAGUCUCGAUGGGAAGUUUGUGAUGUUGCGAAGCAUGGUAAUAGCUGGAAGAGGAUGUAUUUUGAAAGAAAUUUAGAAGGAAUUAUUGAAAGCUUUGUUCCAGAAACUACAGAUCCCAUGCUUUUAUAUGAAACCCUCAAGCUGUCAGCAGCAUAUGUUAAGUCACUAACCAUAAAACAACUGUUACCUCCUGUCAAAGAAGCACCACUGAAAGAUGAUGAUGCAUCUGAUGCAGGAAGUGAUGCUGGUCAAGAUGGUCCUAAUAUUGAUCAUUUUGAUUUUGGUGUGAUUAUUCCUAAGCUACCUUACCUAGAGGAGUUACACAUUACAUAUGGAGUGAGAGAUUGUGGGAUGAACUUUGAAUGGAAUUUAUUUCAGUUCACUUCAAGAGAUUGUCUUCUUCUUGCUAAGRCCGUCAAGGCAUGUAACAGUCUCAAACUUUUUCAUCUUCACCGUAGUCAAGUGGAUGAUGAAAAAGUACGAGUCCUGAUCAGUCAUCUACUGGACCACCCUUCUCUUCUUACUCUUGACUUGUCCCACAAUAAGAUCGGUGACAGUGGAGCAAGAGCUAUCGGUAAACUUAUAAAUGGACGGUGUAAAUUAACGAAGCUGGAUCUUUGUGAUAACAAAAUACGCGCCAAUGGAGCUGCAGCCAUUGGGCACGCCCUCGGCAAGAACCACACCUUGAAAGAGAUCAACUUGAGAAUGAACCGACUUGGAGACGAUGGUGGUCAAGCUAUCUGUCGAGCUCUACUGAAAAACGAUCACCUAACCCAUGUACAUAUUGGAAGUAACGACUUGGGUGAACCUACCGCGGCAGUCCUAGCCCAGGUUUUAGUUACGAACAAGGCUCUUAUUGAUCUUAACCUAUCCUGCAACAAGAUUGGUCCUGAUGGUGGAAAGUCACUACAAGAAGGUAUGGAUGAGAAUACGACCAUCCGAACCAUGGACCUGAGACUAACCGAAGUUGGCCAAGAAAGCGAAUACUGUAUAAACCAAUUAUUGAAAAGAAACCGAGAAAACCAGUACAAAGAGAAUGCUAUAUCCGACCACUGAAAUCCCUUCAUUUCAGUAAUAUUCUUUGAUUGACUCACUGAGUGUAGCUAGUUUGUAUAUGUUCUUUGUGACAUGAUAUAUGUCAUUGGUAUCGAACAAAAAAUAAAUUAUAUUGAAAGAUGGU